UUGCCCCUAGGGCCUGGGACACCACAAGGGCCUGGCUCGCCCCAAGAACCUUCAUUGCCCCUAGGGCCUGGGACACCACAAGGGCCUGGCUCGCCCCAAGAACCUUCAUUGCCUCUAGGGCCUGGGACACCACAAGGGCCAGGGUCGCCCCAAGAACCUUCAUUGCCUGUAGGGCCUGGCUCGCCCCAAGGGCCCCAACAGCCUGGCUCACCCCAAGAACCUUUAUUGCCUCUAGGGCCUGGCUCGCCCCUAGGGCCCAGCUUGCCGCAAGGGCCUUCAUCCCCACAACAGCCUGGCUCGCCCCAAGAACCUUCAUUGCCCCUAGGGCCUGGGUCGCCCCAAGGGCCCCAACAGCCUGGCUUACCCCUAGGGCCCGGCUUGCCGCAAGAACCUUCAUCCCCGCAACAGCCUGGCUUGCCCCUAGGGCCUGGCUUGCCCCUAGGGCCCGGCUUGCCGCAAGGGCCUUCAUUGCCCCUAGGGCCUGGAUCGCCCCAACAGCCUGGGUCACCCCUAGGGCCUGGCUCGCCCCAAGAACCUUCAUCCCCGCAAAUUCAUCCAACCCGAGCUCGGCCGCAACGGCCUGCAUGUCCGCAACGGCCUGGAGCGCUCCUAGGGCCCGGCUCACCCCAAGGGCCCCCGUCCCCGCAACAGCCUUCAUCCCCGCAAGGGCCGCAACUACAAACAUUGCCAACGACACAUGGUUGUGACAUCCCCACAGGAGAGCAGGUGACUUGUGGCCAGUCA